GCGCUUGCUUACUUACAUAUCAAGACGUUUGACAUCUUUGCCAGACGUUUAUUCCCAUUGCAUUACUCUCUAUCCAACAGCUUUCACCUGCAGGCCGUAGCUUGGCUGCAAGUUUAGGCUCGGAUGAGAACAAUCUACGCUUAGUGUCAGCCAAACAACGCAAUCUUGAACCUGGUAAUAAGUAUACCUAACAACAAUCCCCAUCGGCGAGUGACUAGCCCCUUAUCAAGCAUGUCCAAGAAAGGGAUUCUCGACCACGAUGGGACUACGGGACGGCCGCGUUCACGACGAUCAGUAGGCAAAGUUUUAAUCUCAUCAGCCUUCAUUCUGAUUAUCCUUGGAUCACUCUUUCAUCCGAGAUCGCCAUGUUAUCGCCCACUUCCUCAGGGGUACUCGCGCCUUAGCCAAAUGUCCAUCGAAGACAGGGUAGAUGCCAUUCUAUCCGAGUCACCGUUGAUAGAUGGACACAAUGACUUGGCCAUCAUGAUUCGGGUCAGGUACAACAACCACAUCUACCAACCGAAUUUCACAGAGCCUUUCACGACAGGAGGCAUGAUCUCUCACACCGAUCUUCCCCGAUUGAAGGAGGGCCGAAAUGGCGGUGCAUUCUGGAGCGUCUUUACGCCCUGCCCAGCUAACGGGACAGACUACUCAGAUGAGAACUACGCGGCUAGCGUGCAACUCACGUUGCAACAAAUCGACUUGAUGACACGGCUGCAGGCUGCAUAUCCCGAGUCAUUCUCGGGUAUAGUAGACAGCGAGUCUGCAAAAGCUGCUUUCAAACAGGGCAAGCUGAUCUCGCCUCUCGGCGUGGAGGGUUUACACCAGAUUGGCAACUCAGUGGCUAACCUGCGGCGAUAUUAUGACAUGGGUGCUCGCUAUGUGACCUUGACGCAUAACUGCGGAAACAACUUCGUAGAUUCGGCGCUCUGGGAGAACCCUUUCCGCAAGGCGACGCCAUACUGGGGCGGUGUCUCUCCCAAGGGUAUACAGCUCAUUAACGAGAUGAACCGCAUUGGCAUGAUUGUUGACUUGUCACACACAAGCGUCGAUACCAUGUUAGAUGUGCUUGGUGGCCGCGAGGAGAAAUGGGCCGGAAGCAAGGCCCCAGUCAUGUUCAGCCAUAGCUCGGCAUACGCCCUAUGCCCGCACCCGCGCAAUGUGCCUGACCACGUCCUCGAGCUUGUGAAGAAGCGAAACUCAAUUGUCAUGGUCAACUUUUCCCCCGACUUCGUCAGCUGUGUCGAUAAUAACAAUCCCAACGGCGUGCCGGACUUAUACCCACCAAACAGCACUCUCUCCCACGUCGCUGAUCACAUCACCUACAUUGGUGACCUGAUAGGCUACGAUCAUGUGGGGGUUGGUUCUGAUUUCGACGGUAUCCCGUCAACACCUGAGGGUCUCGACGAUGUCUCUAAAUACCCGGAUCUCUUCGCGGAGCUGCUGCGCCGCGGAGUGUCGGAUGACGAUAUCGCAAAGAUUGCCGGCGGCAACAUCCUACGUGUUUGGGCUCAAGUUGAAGAGGUCGCCGCCAAGUUGCAAGCCAGGGGUGAACCGGUUAUGGAAGAUGACCUACCAAGUCUCUACGAGGCAGAUAUGUCUUCGAUAGCUGGACUACAAGAAGUACUGGCAAUAUAGAGACUUAUAUAUCCAAUUUUAGGGGUUGCGGGAUCUACAGCAUAAGAAACGCUAGGAAAGAAAUUGAUAUGGCGGGUGAGUUGGGUGCCAAGAUGAGAGGAUACCAUCGCCGUACAAGCUAGACGUGGCUGCCUAUAGUGAGCGCAAGGUCAUAAUUCACAUGGGAUAAAGAUAUUCUUGUAAAUCUUUUUCUCCCCUUUGUUGCUUCGAAGCACUUUGCAUCAUAGCCAAUC